UAUCAACUCGAGGCCGUCAAUUAAUGCGCGGACAUGCCUAUAAAUGAAUAGCAUAGAUGCAAAGUAGAGGAAUAUAAAAAGAAUAACCACAAAAGCUUAUUUGCGAUGGAAUACUUAGAUGGAGAAGAAGGUGUGGAACCUGCAAGCCCCAGUGCACAAUACAUGAACAGCAAAGCGCUGUCCCUCUCCAUUAUUGCUGUUUUGGAAACAAAAGUUGCUUUCGAAAUCGAUGAAACAGAAUUGGUUUCCACAAUUAAGGAUGUCUUCUUACCCAUCAAUCGAAGGUUUUCUUCAAUCAUGGUAACUGAGGAAAAUGGCGAGAAGAAAUGGAAACCAGUGGUAGUAAAUGCUAUAGACCAUCUAAAAUUCCCCACAUAUCCUAUAGGGAAGCCAUUGGAGUACUAUGAUGAGUGCUUGACGGAGUAUUUGACAAAUAUAGCCAUGGAGCCAUUCCCACAAAGCAGGCCACCCUGGGAAAUUCACAUAUUCAGGUACCCUACCAGCAACGCUGCCGGAAACUGUAUCUUUAAGCUUCACCAUUCACUCGGAGAUGGGUAUUCUUUGAUGGGCGCCCUUCUUUCUUGCCUUCAAAGGACUGACAAUUCAAAGCUUCCCCUGACGUUCCCUUGCCGGGAAAGGAGCAAACCGGCAAGAGAUAACUUUAUCGGCGGCGUCUUCAAAGCUGUACCGAGAUUCUUGUCUGGGAUUGCGAACACGGUUUCGGAUUUUUCUUGGAGUGUUCUAAAGAGUAGUUUGGUUGAUGAUGACCGGACGGCGGUUCAUUCACAAGAUGACGGAGCCGAAAUCCGUCCUUUCUCUCCGACAACUAUGUCCUUUUCGAUGCACCUCCUCGCGCAAAUAAAAUCUAGUCUUAACGUGUGACUUUCUGGUGACUCUCAAACUUCUUCUUUUUCUGAACCUAGAAGGUGAUAAGGGUAAAGAUGAUGAUGAUGAUGAUGAUGGAUAUAGAAGAUAGUGAAGAUAGUAAGCAUGGGUGGCAUACACAACCAUGUGUAAAAAAAGUGUAUACAAUGAAAAUUUAACUAUAAUAAUCUCAUGGAGGGAAUUGUAUAGAUCAUUACCUUUACACCUACAUGCUAGUGACUUUAUUUCAUUCUUUUACACACCAAAUCUAGUGCAAAUCUCGUGGAGGCAUAUAAAUAUG